AUGCGCACCACGGCGCUCUUCGCGGGUCUGCUUCCACAGCUCCAAGCGCGAGAUACGUAUGACGAUGGAGCGUACACCGAAGUCGUACAAGCCACGAGCUGGAGCUCCUCCGCGUCUUACUACACCACGUACGGCUCGACCGCGAUUGUCACCGUCACGACCUACAUCCCCUGCCCGGUCAUCAUCAGCUACACCACGGUGCGCUACUGCUCGAGCUGCAGCACGUGCGACGGGGGCUGUGGUUCUCCCACAUCGGUGCUGCAGACCACCGUCUGCGUGCCGAAACUGUGUUCCACGGCCGUCAACGACGUCGGCCAGGCGACCACCACGCCCUUCGUGGCGGGGGAGUACGCUGUUGCCUACGUGACGAGCAACGGCGGCGGGGGGCAACCCGCUGUGACGACGAGCAUCCCCGCGUCCUCGUGCACGACCUACGAGCAAAUCGCUCUCACCGGAAUCGAUUGCCAGACGCUCCCUGCGUGCGGCGGCGGCGGCGGAAGAAGUAGCGGACUUACCUGCGAAGCGAAGCCGUGCACCACGUACAUCGACGCGGACGGGGACGGGAACUACGACCCUGACGAAACCCUCACCGAGGGUACGCAGUACUUCUUCACCGAGUUCGCGCGGCUCACCGUAAACGGCCAGGUCACAUCCACGCCGGCCAGUCUAUGCGAGGCGCUCACCGUCCCGACACCAUGGGCCGCCGACGUCCAGGCCACAGUCGCCUGCGGUUCUGACAAUGACAACAACAAUGACGCCAACGGCGACGGCGUCCAAGUCAUCACGUACACGUACACGACCAACGGCGCCACCAUCGUCGUCGCCACCACCCUCCCCUCGCACGGCGGGCCUUUUCAUCUCACCGCCGCCGGCGAUGGCAGCAGUAGCAGUGGCUGUGGACCCCGCGCCGGGGGAGAUCUAGGGAGAACGACCCUCUUCUGGACAUGUGUCGGCACGGCGGUCGUGGCGGGCGUGGGCGUGGGUAUGAUUGUUCUGUGA